CAACUGCCUCUUGCCCUGUGGCCCCCUCCCCACCUGCAAACCGCCCAGGACUUAGAACUCCUGACUUGCCCCACCUUCCUUCUCUUUCCAAAUGAUCUAUUUCUCUUUUUAAAAAAAAAAACAUUUCCAGCCGACUUGAUCCAAGGGCUGAAUUCAACAGACCCGGCCAUCCAGGAAAAAGCCAUUGCGGGUGCCGAGAAAAGACUCAGUUCCGCUUCAGAUGAAGAGGGGGCGAAACGGAAGCCGAAGCUGGACAGGACCCUCAUCAACACGCGGCCUCCGGGGUUGCCGAGUCAGGAGGAAAUGAUGAAUCCUGAGAGCUUUCUGGCUGCUUUAGAAAAGGAUGCCCAGGAGCGAGCCAGAAGAAGGAAAGAAAAUGAAGCCUUGGCAAACGCCCUAAAAGAAAAAGGGAAUGAUGCUUUCAGCAAAGGGGACUAUGCUUUGGCUGUGCAGAACUAUACAGAAGGCCUGAAGAAGCAGAAAGACAUGUCAGCCCUGUAUACCAACCGAGCCCAGGCCUACCUCAAGCUGCAGAAGUACAAGAAAGCCAUUCGUGACUGCAGCUGGGCGCUACGGUGCGAUGAAAAAUGCACGAAAGCCCUCUUCCACAUGGGAAAGGCAUACUUGGCCAAGAAGCAGUUCCAGCAGUCGAGAGAGUGCUACCUGAAGAUUUUAGAAAUUGACCCCCGGAAGGAGAAGCUGUGCAAAGGUUGCAUAAAUGAAGUAGACUCAGAGGAGAAAAAAUUGGGCGAGGAGGAGAGAGCCGCAGAGGAAUACCAGUCUGGGAAGCCCACAGCUGUCUCUGUGAAGGAGCUGCUUCGGAAGCUCGGCAAGCCAGAUCAGGACCCUCUUUAUUACGCGGGGGGCAUUCGGCUCCUGAUCAACGUGAUUCAAGAUUGCACUGAGCAAACCUUGUUUAGGACAAACGGCGGUUUCAGUGUCAUCAGUGACAACAAGGUCAUAGAGCGGGUCCUCAGCGCCAAGAUAAACUCGCCUGCCGAACUGGAGCUUGCUUGUUCCCUCCUCCUCCUGUGGCAAGCUGUCUGCAAAGGGAAUGAGGAGAACCAGCGCCUUCUUCUAACACACCCUGAUGUGCAUCUGCAGCUUCCUGCCUUGUUGUUCUCAGAGGUGCCUGAAAUCCAAGAACAGUGCAUGGCCCUGCUGUCCCUCUAUGCAGAGACAGAGAACGGGAGGAUCCUCCUAGUCAGACAUCAGAACACCACCAAGUGGCUACAGACGUUGAUGUCCUUAGUCAAGGUUUCUGACAACAGAGCUGCCAGUGCUAUGAAUUUGUUGACCUACUUAAUCAUGGAAGAAAACUUCAAAAUCCAGUGCCGUAUUAAACUCUCCACAGAGACGUUGCCGAUCUUUACUCAGUUGCUGAGCGCUUCUGAGACAGUGAAUGAGGCGGCCCUCAGCCGAUGCAUCGCCAUCAUGGGAGAUCUCUGCUCAGAUGCAGUCAUCCGGAUGCAGAUGACUGAAAACCAGGAAUGCUGGCCAGCUUGCUUGAGCUUUGUGAACGAGUGCUGGACCCAGAACAGUGUCACCAGAUAUCCUGAGUGUUUGUAUGCAGUCCUAGGCCUAAUGAUGAAUCUCUCCCUGGAGCCCAACUCAAUCAUUGAGGAACUUGCAGAAGAAAUCUCUGGGAAAUGUAUGUCUCUCUUCAACAGUCCAGAUGGGAGGAUCAUAACAAGAGCCAUUGGGCUUUUGAGUCACAUCCUGCCGGCAAGUCUGGCGGCGGUGGAAGAAGCUGUGAAACAAGGUGUGGUGAAGAAAAUGAUCCGAUUUCUGAAGGCUGGUGGGCAAACCACGCCUGGCUAUGCAAUGAAGGUCCUCGCAUCUUGUGCCAAGAGUAGCUGGCAGGCUCAAAUGGAGAUUGUGAAACUGGAUAAAAAAUGUAGCCUGUUGCUGAAGCUUCUGGGCUGCUCGAACGAGGGGGUGGCAGGCAAUGCUGCCUUUUGCCUUGGAAAAUGUCUGGAGGUGCCUGGGACAGCCACCAAUUUGUUGGACACGGAUGUUGUCAGAGUCCUCUUGAGAGUGACCACAGGGGAUGCCCAAAAGACGGCUGUGCAAGAGAAUGCAGCCAUAGCUUUAGGGAAGCUCUGCACGGCUGAUGCCAGGCACGCCAGCCGGUUGCGGGAGCUGAACGGAAUGGCGGCCCUCAGUGCUUCCGUGAGGAAUAUGCAAGGCUGUUAGGGUGCUGGCAGCUGUUUCGGAGAAGGUGUCUGUUGCCAGCCACGUCUCUGGUUGGAAUUGUGUUUUGUUUUUAAAACGAAGAGGAUUAAA